UCCGUCUUCUCUCUCUCUAUAAAUACUCUCUGCCCCUUCUCCUAAUCUGUCUGACCUUUUGUCACUCUGUGUUGGUACUCACAGAUACACGGGUUUCUUAACUGAGGGUUUUGGUGAGAGAGAACCCCAAAACAAAGAACUUGUUAAAACACAGGGAAACUUCUCUUCUGGGUCUCUUGCAUACACCACAAUGUCGGCUCUCAGAGACCAAGAUCCUCGUGUCCAUGCCAUCAAAGCCAAGAUUCGCGUCGUCCCCAAUUUUCCCAAACCCGGUAUUAUGUUCCAAGAUAUUACAACUUUGUUGCUAGACCCAAAAGCCUUCAAGGACACGAUCGAUAUGUUCGUGGAGAGAUACAAAGGCAAAAACAUUUCAGUGGUUGCAGGAAUUGAGGCUCGAGGUUUCAUUUUUGGUCCUCCUAUUGCAUUGGCAAUUGGAGCAAAGUUUGUUCCCCUGAGAAAACCAAGGAAAUUGCCUGGUGAUGUUAUUUUUGAAGAGUACACAUUGGAAUAUGGGAAGGACCGUCUUGAGAUGCAUGUUGGAGCAGUAGAACAGGGUGAUCGUGCUUUGGUGGUUGAUGAUUUAAUAGCCACUGGAGGCACACUCUGUGCUGCAAUGAGUUUAUUGGAGCGUGUUGGAGCAGAAGUAGUUGAAUGCGCCUGCCUUAUUGAGUUGCCAGAUUUACAGGGUCGUGAGAGAUUGAAUGGAAAGCCAUUGUAUGUACUUGUGGAAUCCCACUAAAUCCCGGCAGGACUAGAUUCAUCUACUGAGAUGACGAUGCAUGCAAAAUGUACAUUAGAGGCACAUUACCGGCGAUUCUCAUCUCCAGAAACCCAAUCCCAUUUACCCUUUAUUAUCUAUUUCCUUCAUUUG